CGGAGCCCAGGAGGACGUGUGGCGCGUGGACUACAUCAGGUCCCACAUUAGUCCUGUGGGAACACGGUACGCGCUUCCGGGCAAGGUUCUGUGCACCUGUUCCCCUCCUUCGGUUCAAGUAUCUUACCCCUCUGGGAAGAAGGAGGCAUGCCUGUCUCCAGAGAACAAGAAGAUGGGCCACAGAGAACCUCGUAGAACAUAGUGCAAAAGACAGCCCAAAGCUAGAAGGUGCCGGGCACCUUUAAGCUGUUUGGAAGUUCACGUGACUAAGUGCCGGACCCCCCAGCAGUCACGUGACGGCGCGCGCGCUCACACGCAGGGAGAGCCGGUCUGCGCUGUGCGCGCGCCGUCGCCGCUGUCUCCCACCCACCCCCUCGACGGGAGGGUGAGGAGCGGCGGAGUGAUCAGGCUUCUGAGGCCCUGUGCGCGUGCGCAGCGAACAGCUGUCACCCAGUGCGGAACAAGUCUUCCAAAUUUCCCAAAUCUCCCCGGGCGGGAGGCCACAGUCUUCCUUCUCAUCCUUUUUCUUCAGGUGGUGUCCUCGCCCCACCCGCGCGCCAGUUUUCGGCGGACACAACGUCAUCUUCAUUUGUAUGUGGUGCUGAGGAUCGAACCCGGGCCGCACGCAUGCCAGGCGAGCGCGCUACCGCUUGAGCCACAUCCCCAGCCCCACAAUCAGGCAUUUUUCAUUAAUAGGAAGAAUAUGGCCAUGAGCUAAAUAGAGACUGCCCUAAGCCAUCAUGGAGGUGGUGGAGGCAGACAGUCCUCUGAAUCCCAGCUGUAAAAUAAUGACCUUCAGACCCUCCAUGGAGGAGUUCCGGGAGUUCAACAAAUAUCUUGCAUACAUGGAGUCUAAAGGAGCCCACCGAGCAGGUCUUGCAAAGGUGAUUCCCCCUAAGGAGUGGAAGCCAAGACAAUGCUAUGAUGACAUUGAUAAUUUGCUUAUUCCAUCACCAAUUCAGCAGAUGGUCACAGGGCAGUCGGGACUGUUUACUCAAUACAACAUCCAGAAAAAAGCUAUGACCGUGAAGGAGUUCAGGCAGUUGGCCAACAGUGGCAAAUAUUGUACUCCAAGGUAUUUGGAUUAUGAAGAUUUGGAGCGCAAGUACUGGAAGAACUUAACUUUUGUGGCACCUAUCUAUGGCGCAGAUAUUAAUGGGAGCAUAUAUGAUGAGGGUGUGGAUGAAUGGAACAUAGCUCGUCUAAAUACAGUCUUGGAUGUGGUUGAAGAAGAGUGCGGUAUUUCUAUUGAGGGUGUAAAUACCCCUUAUCUUUAUUUUGGAAUGUGGAAAACCACAUUUGCGUGGCACACCGAGGACAUGGACCUCUACAGCAUUAAUUAUCUCCACUUUGGAGAGCCCAAGUCUUGGCAAGUUCCUUGUUUAAUAUUCAUUUGCUUAUGAGUUUUCAAAUUUGCACAUUAUGCACAUAUUGAAGAGCUUUCCUUCUUUCAUUUGGUGGAUUCAGAUUUAUAUGAGGCUUAAGGAAGUUUUUGGCUAUAAUGAUUGUAUUCCUUUCUGCCCAGGUUUUGUUGAGAAACUUUAAAUUCAAUGGUGACUUGUAUAUAUAAAGUUGACUGCAGACCAUUUUGAGGUCCAUGGAUUGAUAGGUAUUUUUAGUCUGAAAUGAUUUGUUAGGAAUUUGUACUUAUUUGAGCAUUUGUUGAAGGGUUUGUUGUAAAAUCUAGUAUGUGAGCUCCUGUAUUCUGUAAUUUGCUUAAGGAAUCUGAAAAGUUAGUAGCAGAACUUUUCUGGAGAUUUGUCAGAAUUAAAGAGGACAUUAAUUUGAAUUUUUAACAUUGGGAGUUUGGAUGAAGUCUCUGCUUUCUUAUUUAGAAUGAUGAUUGUUUUUUCUGUUCUUGGGAAUAGACUGAUGUUGACUCUUGAUCACUUAUGAAAGAAUAUUGUAGUCAAAGAUAAGACUGAUUGUAGAGACUAUUGUCUUUGGGAAAGAGUUAUCACUGCUCAUAAGUAAGAAUAAUUGUUUUCAGUAGUUAAUAUAUAUAUAUUUUCAGUAUUAGCUAUUAAGCAUAUAGACUCCAUUAUAUGCCUUAGGGGUAGAUUUAUAUUAUCACUAUUAUCUUUAACUUUGACCAUUAUGUAUAAUGAUAAAACAAUAAACAGCAGUGACUUAUGACAACUCAUCUACAUUCUAUUUUCUAGGAUAACUACUCUAGGAAAAGAGUGGUAUAAAUGUCUCUGAGGGUAUUUCCCAGUAGAUCUUUGAAAGAUUAUAUUAAUGUAGAAUAAAUAAUUUGGAGGUAAACUUUAUUAUCAUUAAAAUUCAUUUUACAAAACUUUAUAUUUGAAGUGAGCUUUGAAAGGUGGUAGGAGUAAUAUAAAAUCAUAUAAAUACUGGAAAGCAGGCAGUAGAUGUAGCAGAGCCUAGACUUGAGAGACCACCAACCAGGUCUCUAAUAUUUAUUCUGCCACCAACAUUUGUGGCUUUGGACAAACAACUGUACUUCUGGGAACCAUUUCCUCACCUACGUUAUCACAAGCUUAGGCAGAAUGGCUUCCAGUACUCUUUGUGGUUUGUGAUCAGACCCAUAUGAAUAUUUUCAUUUGCUUAACCGAAUGAGAGGGUGAUGAGGUGAUGAUGCAAGGUUCUGUAUGUAUGUCUGCCUAAGUGUGCACUUUCUUUUCUACCUUUACACUUUAAAAUUUUUUUUGUUUUAAUUAGUUAUACAUGACAGUAGAAUGCAUUUAUGCACUUUGAAAUAUCAUACAUAGAUUGAAUAUAGUUUCUCAUUUUUCUGAGUGUACAUGUUGCAAAAUUAUUGGUCAUGUAAUCACACACACACACACACACACACACACACGCAGAGUAAUAAUGUCUGUUUCAUUCUACUAUCUUUCCUAUCCUCAUAUCCCCUCCCCUCCCAUCACUUCCCUCUACCUAAUCUAAGGUAAUGCUAUUCUUCCCUAGUGUCCCCCGUCUUAUUGUUAAUUAACAACCUCAUGUUAGAGAAAAUAUUUGGCCUUUGAUUUUGUGAGAUUAGCUUAUUUCACUUAGCCUGAUAUUCUUCAAUUCCAACCCUUUGCUGGAAAAUGUCAUAAUUCCACUCUUCUUUAAAACUGCGCAAUAUUCCACUGAGUAAAUAUACCAUAUUUUCUUUAUCCAUUCAUCUAUUGAGGGACACCUAGGUUAGUUCCAUAGUCUAGCUAUUGUGAAUUGAGCUGCUACAAACAUUGUUGUGGCUGUGUCACUAUAAUAUGCUGAUUUUAAGUCCAAGGAGUGGGAUAGUUGGGUCAAAUGGUGGUUCCAUUCCCAAUUUUCUGAGGAAUCUCCAUACUGCUUUCCACAAUGGGUCUACCAAUUUCAUUCCCACCAGCAAUAUAUGAGUGUACCCUUUUCACCACAUCCUCGUCAACAGUUAUUAUUGCCUGUAUUCUUUUUUUUUUUAAAGAGAGAGAGGAGAGAGAGAGAGAGAGAAUUUUUAAAAUAUUUAUUUAUUUUUUAGUUUUCAGCGGACACAACAUCUUUGUUUGUAUGUGGUGCUGAGGAUCGAACCUGGGCCGCAUGCAUGCCAGGCGAGCGCGCUAUCGCUUGAGCCACAUCCCCAGCCCUAUUGCCUGUAUUCUUGAUGAUUGCCAUUCUGACAGGAGUGAGAUGAAAUCUUAAGAGUAGUUUUGAUUUGUAUUUCUAAUUGCUAGAGAUAUUGAACACUUUUUAAUAUAUUUGUUGAUCAGUUGUAUUUCUUCUUCUGUGAAGUGUUCGUUCAGUUCCUUAGCCCAUUUAUUGAUUGUGUUAUUUGUUUUUUUGGAGUUAAGUUUUUUGAGUUCUUUAUAUAUCCUAGAGAUUAAUGCUUUAUUGUAGGUGCAUGUGGUAAAGUUUUUUCUCCCAAUCUAUAAGCUUUCUCCUCACGUUAUCAAUUGUUUCCUUUGCUGAGAAGAAGCUUUUUAAUUUGAAUCCAUCCUAUUUAUUGAUUCUUGAUUUUACUUCUUGUGCUUUAGGAGUCUUGUUAAGGAAGUCAGAUUCUAGGCCAACAUGGUGAAGAUUUGGGCCUAUUUUUUCUUCUAUUAGGCACACGGUCUUUGUUCUAGUGCCUAAGUCUUUGAUUCACUUUGAGUUGAUUUUUUUGCAUGGUGAGAGAUUGAGGUUUAAUUUCAUAUUGCUACACAUGGACUUCCAGUUUUGCCAGCAUCGUUUGUUAAAUAGACUAUCUUGUCUGUAGUGCAUGUGUUUGGCACCCAUGUCUAGUAAGAGAUAACCAUAUUUAUGUGGGUUUGUCUCUGUGUCCUCUAUUCUGUACCAUUGGUCUACAAGUCUAUUUCAGUGACAAUACCAUGCUGUUUUUGUUACUAUAGCUCUGUAGUAUGGUUUAAGGUCUGGUAUUGUGAUGCCUCCUGCUUCACUUUUCUUGCUAAGGAUUGCUUUAGCUAUUCCAGGGCUUAACCCCCACCCCCCUCCCAAUGAAUUUCAUGAUUGCCUUUUCUAUUUCAUUGGGAUUUUAAUAGGAAUUGCAUUAAAUCUGUAUAACACUUUUGGUAGUAUGGCCAUUUUGACAAUUUUAAUUCUGCCUAUCUGGGAGCAUAGGAGAUCUUUUCAUCUUCUGAGGUUUUCUUUAGUUUUAGUGUUCUGUAGUUUUCAUUGUAGAGGUCUUUCACCUCCUUUGCUGGAUUGAUUCCCAUGUAUUUUAUUUUAUUUUGUUUUUUGAGGCGAUUGUGAAUGGAGUAGUUUUCCUAAUUUCUCUUUUCAGUGGAUUCAUCACUGAUGUAUAGGGAUGUGUUUGAUUUAUGGGUGUUGAUUUUAUAUCCUGCUACUUUGCUGAAUUCAUUGUCUAGAAGUUUUCUGGUGGAAUUUUUUGAAUCAUCUAGAUAUAGAAUUAUGUCAUCAGCAAAAAGGAAUAGUUUUGAGUUCUACUUUACCUAUUUGUAUCCCUUUAAUUUCUUCCUUUUGUGUAAUUGCUCUGUCCAGAGUUUCAAGGAUGAUGUUGAAUAGAAGUGGUGAAAGAGGAUAUCCUUGUGUUGUUCCAGUUUUUAAUGGGAAUGCUUUCAAUUUUUCUCCAUUUAGAAUGAUGCUGGCCUUGGGUUUAGAAUGUAUAAUUUUUACAAUAUUGAGGUAUGUUCCUACUAUCCCUUGUUUUUCUACUGUUUUGAACACGAAGGUGUGCACUAUUUUGUCAAAUGCUUUUUCUGCAUCUAUUGAGAUGAUCAUUUGAUUCUUGUUUUUAAGUCUAUUAAUAUGAUGAAUUACAUUUAUUGAUUUCCAUAUGUUAAACCAAUCCUUCAUCCCUGGGAUGAUGCCCACUUGAUUGUGGUGCACUAUCUUUUAAAUAUGUUUUUGUAUGCGAUUUGCCAGAAUUUUAUCCAGAAUUUUUACAUCUAUGUUCAUCAGGAAUUUUGGUCUGAGUUUUCUUUCCUUGAUGUGUCUUUGUCUGGUUUUGGUAUCAGGGUGAUACUAGCCUCGUAAAAUGAGUUUGGAAGGGUUUCCUCCUUUUCUAUUUCAUGUAGUACUUUGAGGAGUAUUGGUGUUAAUUCUUUUUUUAAUGUUUUAUAGAACUUGGAUGAGAAUCCAUCUGGUUAGUUAACCUUUACUUUUCCCCUGUGGGUGACCUGUCUUGUGUUUCACAUACCUGUCCCCUCAGUGUGUUAUCUUCUCUCUUGCCUUAGAAGCUGGCAUUUAACCUCUGUUUCUUCCUUUUCUUCAUUUUGACCAUUAGACAACAAGUUCUGGAUGUGACAACUUGUGAUUUCCUCCUGAAUUGGAUAAUGCUGCUCUUUCUGUCUGGGUAUACCUUAGAUUGUGCGAGAAGGCUCUCAACUAUGUGUACUAUGUGUUGCCCCUCACUUACACAUGUUUUUUUUUUUUUUUUAUCUUAGUAGUGGUAAUCAUCUUCUCCUCUCUUUUCUUUCACUACCACCACUCUGCUACCUGCCUGCAGGUGCCUAGAAGUUGAGGUUCAUGUUUUUCCACUCCUUUGAGUUGAUAUGUGACCCACAGGGCCUGGCUAUAGGAGUGAUUGCCCUGUAAUAAUUCUUAUAUAGAGUCAGGAAGGUAUUAAAUUAUUUUAUAUCAGUCUGUUUAAGAGCAGGCACAGAAACAGAACAUUUUAUAAAGACUCUUGUCUGAAUUGCAACUAUUGUGAAUACCAAGUUUCCUGAGAUUUUUAUCACUGCAUACAAGUACAGAUCCAGGGGGAAUCCCUGCAACAUGUAUUCUGUAGCCACUACAUAUGGUAGAUUUGCUUAAAAGGUGUUCAUGAACACAGGUUUGUAUGGAAGAGACUCUAGGAGCUGAUGAUGUAUUUAAACAUUUCUGGCAUAAAGACUUAAAGGAAAAAGAAUCCUUAGAGUAAGCAGAUAGAAAACUGCUUUGGCAGCCACUGGUAAAGUAUUUAUUUUCUUGGAAUGAAUAUUGACUUUGGAGCCAGAAGACCCGUUUUAAAAUCACAAUCUGUCACUUACCAGCUGGAUGACUUAGGGCAAAUCACUAUACUUCUUUCAUCAUGAGUUUCUUCAGCUGCCAAGUGGAGGCAUGAUUUAUUCUCUGUCAAUUUACAGUAUUUCUAGGGAUAUGCGGAGUAUAAAAGCGCUUGGAAAACUGGUAGGUACUAUACCAAUAUUCAUAAUCCCUAUUAUUAUUUUAAUAACUUUAUGAAAAUGAAUGAUCUUUUGGGGGGGUCAUAAAAGUUUCUUGAUGUCUGAACUACCCCAAAUGUCUCUAUAUCUAGUAGAGCGAGAGUUUUAAGAUAAAUAAAAUAUUGGAUUUCUUUAUUUUUGCAUGGCGCAGGUGUUGCUGGGCAAGUGCUCUACCACUAUCCUACACUCCAAACCCAAGUUAUAUAUGAUAGUUUCUUGUGUCAUGUGUGAUAGCGUUAAUUGCCUUGAGAUACAGAAUUCAGAUAGUACCUUGAAUCUUUCUUUUUCAGUCUGGGUACAAAUACAGUGAGGAAGAAACUUUGAGAUUUGCUCUAUUGAGGAAUAAAGACAUGAAUCAGAAGAGGACAUACCUUAAGCUAAAGAAAGGUCUAGAAUCAUGAAAGAAGAUUUUUGUGGAUGGCUUUAGAAAAAUUAAGUAUGAGGUGCAUCAUUUUGGACAUUGUUAAGUUUUGUUAAAAACCCCUAAGAUUUUGUUAGUUGACUGUCUUAGGUUUUUGGAUACAGAUGCGGUUCAGCUAGUUUUUAUUUGAUCAUUUGUUUAGUGUUGUAUAACAUUUAAGGACACACAGGUUUUGUACCAAACUCUCAAGUCUUGAGUCAUGUGUUACUUUUUACUGAGUGUGUGACCUUGGGCAAUUGUUAAAUAAUCCAUGCCUCAAUUUCCUUUCCUAAAACACUCAAAUGGUUCUGGUACCCAACUGAUAAGGUAACUGGGUACAAAACACAUAUCACAGCUCCUCAUGAAUCGUAAGUGCUCAAUAGGUGCUAACAUUUGUUGCAUUAAUUUAAGAAAUAUAUUUAUUGUGUGAAGUGUUUGAACAUGAAACUUGUAGAUCUUAUAUAAGUAAGGCUUGCUAGUUCUAAAUGACAGAAACUCAACUUAAGCAUAAAGUUUAUUUGCCACUGUAUGCAGCUGGGACAACUUAGAAGCAUGGCUGUAUCCACUCUGUUAGCUGCGAUAACUUCCACUUUCUCCCCUCUCCUCCCCUCCCUCCCCCGCUCUUUCUCCUAGAGAAGCUGUUUACGUACAACUAAAUAUUUUAUUGUUAAGUAGAAUUUUCAAAUCUUUCUUUUCAAAAGAAUGAAUAAAGUUAUUUGGCACCAAAUUGACCUGUAUGUUUAAUAUUCAUCAUCUAAAAUGUGAAUUCCUGGAGCAGGAGCCCUGUAGGUUUCAUUCACUAACAUGUCUCUAGUGCCUGG